UUUUUUUUUGUUGCUAUGGAAACAUAAGCAGGAGAUAAGAACAUCCUGACUUGUUGUGAGGGAGCUUUGGGUGUGAUUUGGGUUUUCCGCUGAGUUUGACUGUCUGGUAAAGAGAAUAUAAGGACGGAGAUGCUCAUUACGCGACACUCCAGCCAGAACAUCACUUGUGUGCUCAGCCUCAUCUUUAACUCUACAUCUGCCAGAAUCAUGGAAUCUGCCAUUAAUGUGCUUGUCUCUGAGUUUAAGGCUUAUGCUGGGAAGGAAGGUUCAGCGAGUACUCUGAGCAAACAAGAGUUUACGAGUUUGGUCAAAUGCCAAUUACCAAACUUUGUAAAGAAUUCCUCUGAUCCAGCCACCAUUGAUCAUCUCAUGAGCUCAUUGGAUGCGAAUAAUGAUGGGCAGCUGACGUUCAUGGAGUUUUGGAAUCUGAUUGGCAAUGUUGCAAACAAGCAUGGCGGAUUCUAAGCCAAUGAAGAGACACUGAAGUUUUACUUUAAAUUUUACCUUGUGACUUUCUGCUUUAAUUAUAUAACCUGUUGCACAGUUAAUGAUUGUCCUAAGCAGGUGAUGGCAAAUAAAAUAAAGCAUUGUUUGAUUCUCAA